AUGAAUCUGACGAAACACCAGAUCCAAGUCAUCAUCACCCUCGAGAGGGUGGGUGCCUCCCUCUCUCUAGGUGGCAUCGCCGCCAUCAUCAUCACGUUUUGGGUGUUUAAGAGAUUGAGGACGGUGCCCAAUUUGUUCAUAUUGUUCGCUUCGAUCGCCAAUGCUGGGGCUAGCAUUGCUUGUCUUAUCGGGUAUGAUGGGCUCACGGCUGGAACGGACUCUGCACUUUGCAAGACGCAGGCGUUUCUUCUUGAGAUGAUGAUGCAGUCCGAUCCAUGGUGGUCGUUCGCCAUGGCCGUCAACGUCUUUCUAGUCUUCUUCUUCGGCGCCAACCCGGCUUCGUUUCGGCAGUACGUCUGGGUGUAUUGUCUCGUUUGCUUCGGCGUGCCGUUCAUACCGGCUAUCGUAUGCCUGUUGUAUAAAGAUAGCCGCGGUGCCGUCUACGGAGACGCAACGCUUUGGUGUUGGAUUGGAAAUGAGUUCACAGAACUGCGCAUAUACACGUACUAUGUGCCUAUUUGGAUCUGUAUCUUCUUCUCGUCAAUCAUAUACAUCGCCGUGGGCUAUCACGUCUUCCAGCAGCGGAACCAACUACGUAACCUUACCUUUAGCACGCCUAGCAAGGAAGAGUACACAAUGAAGGAAGCUUCGUCGACGUCCGAGCUGCGGGACUCUGCCGACAAGAACCUCCCCCCGGUACCACCCUCCAACGUCUAUGGCACAGCCGUGACCGAAGUCAAAAUAACAACCUGCAUUCCCCGCCCCUGGACACCCCCCGCCACACUCCAACCGUCCCGAAGCUCAGGCACCCUCCACAACCAAGCCCUCUACCCAGGCCAAGACCCAGAGAUCCCCGACGCCGCCCUCAUCGAAUCCGCAUCGCAACCCCGCUUCGAAACAACCUGCACAUCCACGGCGGCCGCCGGCCCGUCGCAAACCACCCUAACGACCAGCGAAAGGAAACGGCCCUCGGGCUUCGCUAAGUUCCGCGCUAAGCUCAAAAACCUCGAUCCCAUCAAGCUGGCGUACCUGCGCACGAGUUUCGUCUUCGCCAUUUCCAUCCUCGUCACGUGGACGCCCAGCUCCGUUAACAGGAUUCAUAACCUCGUGCAUCCGUUUGCGCCGAAUUAUGGGUUGAACGUGGCUAGCGCCGUGGUGCUGCCGUUGCAGGGGGUGUGGAAUGCCGUGAUCUUUUUCAGUACGAGUUGGGGGAUGUUUAGGGAGGAGAUGGGGAAGACGAGGGUGGUGAGGAGGAUAAGGGGGAGUGAGGUUUCGAGGAGGAUGUUUGGGGCGAGUCAGACGGACAUGGUGAGGAUUGAGGGGGUCGUGGGAGAUGGGGAGGGUGAGAGUGAGGGUCAGAGAUUGGGGGUGAUGGCGGCGAUGGAGAUGGGGAGGCUGGGGGUUCCUCCGUUGGGGACUGUGAGGGCUAUUAGAGGGUCGUUUUGA